AUGGCUAGCAGGUUCUUCACUUGGCUCAAGUCGCCUGAUGCGCGCUCCUACUUCUUCAGCACCCACUUCUGGGGACCAGUCGCCAACUGGGGUCUCCCCCUUGCUGCCAUCGCUGAUGUGAUGCACAAGGACGAGGAGUACAUCUCCGGCGUCAUGUCGCCUACCCUUGCGGUCUACUCCAUGAUCUUCAUGCGUUUCGCAUGGCGCGUGCAGCCCCGCAACUACCUCCUGUUCGCGUGCCACGCCACGAACGCUGCCGCCCAGUCGCUCCAGGAGGCCCGCUUCGUCAACUACUGGUACUUUGGUGGCCGUGAGAAGAAGAAGCCCGAGCUCAUCACCGCCGACGCGGCCAUCGAGGCUAUUGACGAGACCGCCAACGAGGCCAAGAUCACCGCCGUCGAGGGCGCCCUUGCCGUCGAGAAGGCCAGGCAGGCCGAGGUCGCCGCCGUCAAGUCUGUCUCCAAGUAA